GUAGGUGGGCAGGGAGGCCGAAGUGAACAGCCCGGUCGGAUGUGCACCCUCUCUCUCUCUCUCUGACCCCUACCGAACAGCACCGAGUCUCCUCUUCUUCGUCUCCUUUCACCAACCCCGCGCCCCCCUGUUUAUAUAUAUCUCUCUCUCUCUCUCUGUCUUCUUCUGCGAUUCCAUUGCAGAGGAGGAGGACGGACUUCCAAUGGCGUCGUCUUCCACCGUGAAGCCACUCGGAGCCUCCCGAUCCGACAUCUUUUCCGGCUCCACACGCCUUCCCUCCGUUCUCCGCACCCCCUCCGUUCAAAUCUCGUUACGCUCCCGCAUUCCCCGCAAGCUCCAGGUUCAGGCAGCUGGAAACUCUUUUGGUACUUUUUUCCGUGUUACUACGUUCGGAGAAUCUCAUGGAGGUGGUGUUGGUUGUAUAGUAGAUGGAUGCCCUCCUCGUCUGCCCCUCUCGGAGGCUGAUAUUCAAGGCGAUCUUGAUAGGAGGAGACCAGGUCAGAGCCGAAUCACCACCCCAAGGAAGGAGACUGAUACAUGCAAGAUAUAUUCAGGGAUAGCAGAAGGGAUGACAACCGGGACACCAAUUAUGAUUUCUGUGCCAAAUACUGAUCAGAGAGGCCAUGAUUACAAAGAAAUGUCUCUAGCUUAUCGGCCUUCUCAUGCUGAUGCAACUUAUGAUUUUAAGUAUGGGGUAAGAUCAGUGGAGGGUGGUGGUAGAUCUUCAGCCAGAGAAACAAUUGGGAGGGUUGCAGCGGGAGCUAUUGCUAAGAAAGUUCUUAAAAAAUAUUCAGGAACUGAGGUGCUGGCUUAUGUUUCGAAGGUCCAUGAGGUUGUACUUCCGGAGGAAUUAGUCGAUCAUGAAACUCUAGCAUUUGAUCAGAUAGAGAACAACAUUGUUAGGUGCCCAAAUCCUGAAUAUGCAGAAAAGAUGAUUGCAGCAAUUGACGCAGUCCGUGUGAGGGGUGAUUCUAUUGGUGGUGUUGUAACAUGCAUUGUGAAAAAUUGCCCACGUGGCCUUGGUUCACCAGUUUUUGAUAAACUAGAAGCUCUGUUGGCUCAAGCUGCUAUGUCAUUACCUGCUAGCAAGGGCUUUGAAAUCGGCAGCGGUUUUGCAGGCACUAAUUUGACUGGGAGUCAGCACAAUGAUGAGUUCUACAUGGAUGGAAGUGGAAGAAUGAGGACCCGAACAAAUCGCUCUGGUGGCAUACAGGGAGGAAUAUCUAAUGGGGAAAUCAUAACAAUGAGAGUAGCUUUCAAGCCAACAGCUACUAUCUCCAGGAAGCAAAACACAGUUACCAGAGACAAAAUAGAGACUGAGCUAAUAGCCCGUGGUCGACACGAUCCUUGUGUUGUCCCUAGAGCUGUUCCGAUGGUGGAAGCAAUGGUUGCACUGGUGCUUCUAGACCAGUUGAUGGCACAACAGGCACAGGGCUAUCUACUCGGUAUCAAUCCUGAACUCCAGGACCCUCUACACAGAUUUGAAAUUGCCAAUGCAGAGUAGACAUAGUGCCAAGCAGGCCUGUGUUUAUUUUCGUGCUUUUUCAAGUGUUUGGGGAAGCCUUGGUAUUUGUUUGUGCGUUAGAUUUUGAAAUAAAAGCCAAAUUAUGUAAUUUCUUUUCCUUUCUCAAAGCUUACGGCAUGUUUGUACCAAUUCUUUGGCGUUGUGAAGUAUACGUCUUUCAUUAUGAUUUACAAACCUGUUUGAAGCACUGCAUUACCACGGACCCUUGGCAAGUCGAAAAUGUAAUAUAAUUAUUUUGAGAUAUA